UUGGUUCGACCCAAUAGGUGGACAGAGAAGUGAUAAGUCCAUUGGGUUAGUUGAAGUUAAGCCUUCAACCACCUAUAGCGGAGCCGAUGUCUUUGUUGUGGCUCACCAAGCCAAGCAAGUUUAUUAUUUGCCCUACCCAUGCCAGAAAGCGGAACUCAAGGGUUGGGAAGUCGUCUUCCAGGUAUCGCCACAUGGUAACCUACCGAUUCCCUCUGAGGAUGAUUACAACAACAUUGACCCCGUGACAUACGAGGGGAUUUUCUAUCAAGAGGAACAGGACUUCGGGGAAUAUAUUUUAGAACCGUUUGUUCAAGAGGACCUCGGGAACGAUGCAGAAACUCGUGGUGAGUCAGUGGUGGAUCUAAAGGACAUAUCUAUGCUGGAGAAGUUACUUGAGGCGAAUGACAAUUAUGAUGAGCCUCCACCCGUCGACCCUUCAACUUUGUACUCACAAGAUAGUGAUAGUGAUAGUGAUCCAGAGAAAGAGAAAGAGAAAGAGACGGAGUAUGAGAGUGAGCGUGAGAGCGAUGAUGGCUGGUGAGGGUCUUUUAUUUUUAGUAUUUAUUUGUCAACAUGCUUCUUAAUUGCAUUGUGCAUUUUAUUCUUAGUAUUUAUUUGUCAACAUGCUUCUUAAUUGCAUUGUGCCUUUUAUUCUUAGUAUCUACAUUUUAUUAUGUCAACCUGCUUCUUAAUUGCAUUGUGCCUUUUAUUCUUAGUAUCUUCAUAUAAUAUGUCUUUGUGCUUAACUGUUUUAUUCUUCUCAAUGCAGGUGACUGAACAAUAUGAGCAGCGGCAAGGCAGACUCCGAGAGCUUGCUUAAGACGCUCUCGCAGGUGAAGAGGAAUAUUCCUAGACCACCCACUAGACGGAGUGAUCGAGCCCCGGUGCGCAAUCCGCGUUACGACGAUGGUACCGAUGGAGGACGAGGACGAGGAGGACGAGGAGGACGAGGUGGAGGACGAGGAGGACGAGGAGGACGAGGUGGAGGACGAGGUGGCGCCGGGGUACACAUGGACUUUACCGAGCCACCCUCCGCUUCUGGCGACGUGGCUCCUGAGUUGUUCCUAGAGGGUCCGUCUAGUGGGGAGGUGGAGAUGGAGGCAGAGUCUACACACGAGUCGGACUCUAGGGCUGAGUUGGAGGUGAUGGAGGAUGGGGGUGCGCCGAAGCCCUUGAAGCUUCGUGGAGAAGCUAGAGUCCCCGAUGCGAGGAAGGAGCCGAAGACCCAUGAUGACAAGGCCCUUAUCAUUCCUUCGAGCGAUGACAACUGGACAUGGGAUGCCAAGCCCCCCCGCAUGCCUAACAGCUUGCUUGGGGCUCUGAUUAAGAAGUUCUGGCCCGGCAGAUACACUCCCCUUAGCACGGUCCCCGGUGGCGCGACGAAGCUAGCCACUACUUGGGCGGACUAUGAGGAUGCCCCUGCCGUAGGCUUCGCGACAGCUGCUGAGGCUGUGACCACCAAGUUCUGGGUAAGGCAUAUAUUUCUCGAGCACCGUUCAUAGUU